AUGAAGAUUUCCGGCCGGACUUUUGUCGUUUCAGGAGGCGCCUCCGGCCUCGGCCGUGCCUGCGUCCAAACCAUCUGCGCCUCCGGCGGCCACGCCGCCAUCCUGGACAUGAACGAAGACCAAGGCCAAGCCCUAGCCAGCGAACUCAACAACACCAGCCCCAACAGCGCCAAGUUCCUCCCCUGCGAUGUCUCUAGCACCUCCAGCAUCGCCGACGCCGUGGCCGCCAUCGUUUCCUGGACGCAAGAAACGGGCAAACCGCUGGGCGGGAUCAUCCCCGCCGCGGGCGUCGGUAACCCCGGUCUGAUCUUGGACAAGAACCUCCGGGCGGUGGACAUGGAGUCGGUGGAUUUUGUGUUGGGGAUUAAUCUGCGUGGGACGCUGGACUUGGUAAGGCAGGUGUUGCCUCAUUUGGCCGCCGUCUCGCCUGCUGCCUCGGAUGAGGACGGCGAGCGCGGGGUGGUCAUCAUGGUAGCCAGCGCGGCGGCGUUUGAAGGGCAGAUGGGACAGGUAGCCUACGCAGCGAGCAAGGGCGCAGUGGCAUCGAUGACGCUGCCUAUGGCUCGGGACCUGUCGCGGUUUGGGAUCCGGGUGGUGACCGUUGCGCCGAGUAUGUUUGAGUCGAAUAUGACGGCGCAUUUGUCGGAUAAGGUGCGGACGGGGUUGAAGAAGGCGAUGGAGUUCCCUGCGAGGCCUGGCCGGCCGGAGGAGUUUGCGUCGUUGGUGAAGCAGGCGAUUGAGAAUGUAAUGUUGAAUGGGGUGGUUAUUCGGUUGGAUGGAGCGACUAGGAUGCCGAGUAAGCUUUGA